AUGUCGCGUUACCGGGGACCUCGUUUCAAAAAAAUACGCCGCCUGGGAGCUUUACCGGGACUAACUAAUAAAAGGCCUAGAGCCGGAAGUGAUCUUAGAAACCAAUCACGUUCCGGUAAAAAAUCUCAAUAUCGUAUUCGUCUAGAAGAAAAACAAAAGUUGCGUUUUCAUUAUGGUCUUACAGAACGACAAUUACUUAAAUACGUUCGUAUCGCCGGUAAAGCCAAGGGGUCAACAGGUCAGGUUUUACUCCAAUUACUUGAAAUGCGCUUGGAUAACAUCCUUUUUCGAUUGGGUAUGGCUACGACUAUUCCUGGAGCCCGUCAAUUAGUUAACCAUAGACAUAUUUUAGUCAAUGGUCGUAUAGUAGAUAUACCAAGUUAUCGCUGCAAACCCCGAGAUAUUAUUACGGCGAGGGAUGAACAAAACUCUAGAGCUCUGAUUCAAAAUUCUUUCAAUUCACCCUCUCAGGACGAAAUGCCAAAACAUUUGACUCUUCAACCAUUCCAAUAUAAAGGAUUAGUCAAUCAAAUAAUAGAUAGUAAAUGGGUCGGUUUGAAAAUAAAUGAAUUGCUAGUCGUAGAAUAUUAUUCGCGCCAGACCUAA